AUAGUUAUCUGUUAAAAUGAAUCGCUGACUCGGUGAGUGGAUCAGAGAGAGAGAGAGAGAGAGAUGAGGAGAAAGAAAUCAGGGAAAGAUGCAGACAAACAGGCUACAGUCGAAGAGAAUCCGGCGAAUCUGACUAAGAAAAGAAAGGGAAAUUGGAGGCGUAAAGCUCAAAUAGAAGCAAUUGAAAAUAAAAGAUCAGCGAGUUCAUCUCAAGAAGAGGAAGAACUGGCGGCCCAAGUAAAAGAAGGGGAAUCCAGUUUCUUUGGUUGCUAUUUGCUGACCUCUCUGUCUCCCAGAUUCAAGGGUUGCACUUAUAUUGGAUUUACUGUGAACCCACGGCGUAGAAUUAGGCAGCACAAUGGGGAAAUAACCAGUGGUGCUUGGAGGACCAAGAAUAAGCGGCCUUGGGAGAUGGUGCUGUGCAUCUAUGGCUUUCCCACCAAUGUUUCUGCUUUGCAGUUUGAGUGGGCGUGGCAGCAUCCAAAAGAAUCAUUAGCGGUAAGAGAAGCAGCUGUGUCGUUCAAAGCCUUUGGAGGAGUCGCCAAUAAGAUCAAAAUGGCAUACACGAUGCUCACUUUACCCGCAUGGCAAAGGUUGAACCUUACUGUAAAUUUCUUCUCGACGAAGUACACUAAGCAUACUGCUGGUUGCCCAACGCUGCCAGAACACAUGAAGGUCCGAGUUUGUCCCAUGGACGAUCUGCCUUGUUAUUCUGGGAUUAGUUAUGAUGAGUAUGAUGAUGAAGAAUGCGAUGGAAUUAGUGGGUCCCAAGAGCUAGCGGAUGAAGGGUCCGUUGAAUCUCAUAAUUCUAGUGCUGGUAUUGAAGAGAGCAUUAUUGAACAAAAUACUACUGGGAAUUUGACAGAACAAAUGAUCAGCAAGAAGCACAAAUGGGAUCAAAAAACUACAAGUCCCAAAGAAAAUCAUAGGCAUUCGAGUUUCACCAACUUCCCUUGGGCAUCAUCUCCAUUUGGUGUCAGAUCCAAUAAUAUACUCGACUCCAGAGAAGAUGAACUUAGAUUUGAAGACUCAGAUUUUAGCUUCCAUCACCAAACCAAUAAGUCGCCAGAGACAAUAGUAAUUUCCUCCGAUCAACGUCCAUCUCACCGGACUAGUGAGGUUGAGAUCAUAGAUAUAUGUACUCCUCCUCCCCUUAUUGAUAAGAGAACACUUUCUACUGCUUUUCCUGAGAUAAUUGACUUGACAGAGUCUCCCAUUUUUAUUUAAUUGUAAUGCUUUUAGCAGUUAGCACCUCCAUCAUCAAUAAUCAAAUUGUCUGGAAACAUAUCUCUGUUUCCCAGUUUCUUAGCUA